AGAGAGAGAGAGAGAGAGAGAGAGAGAGAGAGAGAGAGCAAACAAGCAUCAUGAACAUACUCUCAAACCUUCAUGUUUGGUUGAUUCUAGGUUGUUUACAUGUAAUACAUUCUCAAACACUUCAAGACUCAUGCACAAGUUCAAAUCUUCAGAAUUUGAAUGCUCAAAUCUUGUUUGAUACAUCUUCUCUCGUGUGCUCACAUGUUUGGUCAUCUGAAGGCUUCGUUCUAAGAACCGCACAAGCAGGGCCAAAUUUAUGGAGCUUCGUUUUAUCAGCACCCAUGAUGAAUUCAUACGUAGGGAUGGGGUUUUCGCCUAACGGGGGCAUGGUCGGGUCCACUGCAAUCGUUGGUUGGGUGGCAGGUGACGGAUCGGCCACAAUGAAAAGGUAUUUUCUAGGUGGAAAAACACCAAGCCUAGUGUUGGUCGAUCAAGGAAGCCUACAAGUUAUGCCCAACACAUCCUCAAUUAUUUGUUUUGCAUCUCGGAUGUAUUUAGCAUUUCAGUUGAUCACCUUUCAACCGAGCUCGCGGCUUGUGUUCGCCGUAGGAAGCAGUAAUAACGCGGCCCCUUACCCGCCGAGCUACCAGUUGAGUAUACAUCGGAAUCAGAUGGUCGUCGAAUUCAAUUAUGACUCAGACGAAAGACAAGGGGGUAUAUGCACUAAUCGGUUUUUGUACCAAUUGUUGAGUGUUAUAUGCUUUAUGUCCAAGCCUUGAUUCAAAAUGGGGGUCUCACUGGAAGCAACAUCUCUAUUCCUACAUGAUAGAAGUGAAGGUGGUGAAAUUAGCCCCCCGUAUUCGGAUUUAAAGAGAGCUCAUGGGCUAUUGAAUGCGAUAGGAUGGGGCGUAUUGAUCCCCAUUGGGGCUAUGAUUGCCCGUUACUUCAAGGAUAAUAAAUUCUCUUGGUUUUAUGCACAUGUAUUCAUCCAGUUAUCCGGGUUUUUUAUCGGAUUAGCGGGAAUCAUCACAGGAAUUCAGUUAAAUAGUCGUAUCGACGUCGAUGUCGACAAGCACAAAGCCAUUGGCCUGGCCGUUGUUACGCUUGGAUGUUUACAGAUUAUAGGUGCUUUAAUGCGUCCAAGAGAAAAGUCAAAGUCACGAAAGUACUGGAACUGGUAUCAUCACAACGUAGGACGAAUUCUGAUAAUACUGGCAGCUUUCAACGUCUUCUACGGCAUCUAUUUGGCAAACCUCGAAAGCGAAUGGAACAUUACUUAUGGAAUCUUUCUUGGUAUACUUGUUCUUGUUGCUCUUAGUUUGGAGUUGAGGUUGUUAGACAAAGAAGACGAUUGUUAGAGUAUUUAUGUAACAAUGAUGAUCAAAUCAUAAUCUCUUUUCUUAAGCUUAAUUACUACUUAGAUGUGUAUCUAAGUUAUAAAUGAUGUAAGUAAGUAUUGUUUUAAUAUGAUUCUGAUUCAUGCA